AGGGUCGGCCGGGUGCGGGGCGGGAUCCAGGGCGGGAGCCGGCGCGGGAUCUGGGACCGGAGCGGGGUCCAGAGCGGGACCUAGAAGCCGGAGCGGGACCCGAGAGGCGGCGCGGGGCCAUGGCGGGGAGCGGGCCGGCCUGGCGGCCGCUGCUCCUGCUCAUGCUGCUGGCGGGCGCUGCGCAGGGCGGCCUUUACUUCCGCCAGGGCCAGACCUGCUACCGGCCCCUGCGCGGGGACCCGCUGGCUCCACGGGGGCGCAGCACAUACCCUCGGCCUCAUGAGUACCUGUCGCCAGAGGAUCUGCCCAAGAGCUGGGACUGGCGCAACGUGGGUGGUGUCAACUAUGCCAGCAUCACCAGGAACCAGCACAUCCCCCAGUACUGCGGCUCCUGCUGGGCCCACGCCAGCACCAGCGCCAUGGCGGAUCGGAUCAACAUCAAGAGGAAGGGCGCAUGGCCCUCUACCCUCCUGUCUGUGCAGCACGUCAUCGACUGUGGUGACGCUGGCUCCUGCGAAGGGGGCAACGACCUGUCUGUGUGGGAGUACGCCCACCGGCACGGCAUCCCCGAUGAGACCUGCAACAACUACCAGGCCAAGGACCAGGAGUGUGACAAGUUUAACCAAUGUGGGACAUGCAAUGAAUUCAAAGAGUGCCAUGCCAUCCGGAACUACACCCUCUGGAGAGUGGGAGACUACGGCUCUGUCUCUGGGAGGGAGAAGAUGAUGACAGAAAUCUACGCAAAUGGUCCGAUCAGCUGUGGAGUAAUGGCAACAGAAAGGUUGGCUAACUACACCGGAGGCGUCUAUGCCGAAUACCAGGGCACCACCUUCAUAAACCAUGUCGUUUCCGUGGCUGGGUGGGGUGUCAGCGAUGGGACUGAGUACUGGAUUGUCCGGAACUCGUGGGGUGAACCCUGGGGCGAGAGAGGCUGGUUGAGGAUCGUGACCAGCACCUAUAAGGAUGGAAAGGGCACCAGUUACAACCUUGGCAUUGAGAAGUACUGUACAUUUGGGGACCCCAUCGUUUAAGGCCAUGUCACUGGAAGAGCAAUUUUUAAAGAAAAGGCAUCGUGAGCCAUGAGGGGAUCCUGUGAUUAUGUGCGCCAGGCUGGCUGGCAGGAACGGGGGCGACUGACUAUCAAUUUUGGACGGCUGGGAUUUAGAAGGAGCGCCUGUCCACAUGAGGACAACGUGGUACUGGCUGAGAGUUGAAAAUGGGAUGACUUAUAACACUGGCACAGGACAGCUCCGCGUCACAGUGGCUGCAGUCGGCUACCCGGCGAAGAAGUGACCUGCAGGAUAGGAAAUGAUGGGACCUCACUUUUCUUCAGUAGAGGGCUUGAUAUUUUCUAUUUGCCAACGGUGACCAACGAUAUGGCAUUUAAGAGGUACAACAGUUCGGACUUAUCACCGGUUCUCAUGUCACUUUGGAAUCGGUCUGCAGCUGAAAGUAACUUGGUGGGGGAGGGAGGAAGGGAGAUGGCCGUUUCAGAUCGCCCAAGAAAUGAAUAAAGUAUCUGGCUCCACACAA